AUAAUUCUAAUGCACGGUAUUGUGCUUUGGCUUAAGCUAAUUUCGUAGUAAAGUUUUUAACUUGUGAUAUAAUUUUUCUUCCGACUGAUGUAAAUAUAGAUAAUAAUACUACAUCGGUUGCGAUGACUACAUCGAAGAGGAUGAAUUCGACAACAAUGACGAAUAUAUUGCUUUGAAUUAUAAUGAUUUUCACGAUCACAGAAAUAAAUCUUAUCUCUCACCGCCUCUAGACGAAUCUGAAUCUGAAAACUAUGACUUCGAUGAACAACACUGCGAAGGUCAAGGCAAUUACGAACAAUACUUCAUUCCCGAUUCCAGUGGGAAAUCAGUAGCUGCUGGUCAACAUUCGUGUUUGAAAUUGAAAGAUAAUUAUUGCUAUCUGGAUCGGAAUGCAUAUGAUACAAGAGUUAUGAGGAAUUUGGCAUCGACGGAAGAUUACGAACAUCCUCGUGGAAGUUAUUCCCCGAGGUUCAUUCAGGCCGCUCUUGAAAGAACCAAGUCGUCGAGUUUUUGGGGCGAUGGUUUGUCCAAAAAAGUCGUCAUAAAUGUAUUACCAGGGCAGACGUUCUUCUCUGGUAACAUCUUCGAAACCACUUGGAACUGUUUCAAACUUUUCACUCUUCCUUACAAUUAGACGAUGAGUUUCAUGAUUUCGCGGGAUAUGACGAUCAGGAAAUAGAAAAUAUCAGUGUGUCAUUAGACGAUCAGAAUUAUUGCUCUGAUUAUCAUUCGCAGCAAAUGCAACCAUCGAGACAAGUCCCCCAAGCAUCGCGAUACGGAGGAUUGAGGUCGAUGGUGGAGAAGUUGAUCUACAAUACACAGGUGAUAAUCUUCUCCAAGACUUACUGCCCGUACUGUGAGACUGCUAAAAAUAUUUUUGAUGACCUCGACCAACCGUAUACCGUUUUGGAAUUGGACAAGCGAGCCGACGGUGAAGAUAUUCAGGAAAUCAUGGGGACCAUAACCGGGGGAACAUCUGUCCCAAGGGUUUUCGUCAACGGCGUGUUUAUCGGCGGUGGCGAUGAUGUCAAGAGAUUAUACGAAAGUGGCGAACUUGAGGAAAUGCUUGGCUGCGAAUAAAAUUCUAUAACGAAUUACUUGAAAUUAUUUCGCUGUGCCAAGGAAAUUGUAUCCUCUUGCAGAGUGUACAAUUCUUUUGGCUGUGGAGACUCACAAUCAGAUAGCAACGAGGAUACUGCGGAUUUGGUGAAACUUGGCAAAGUCAUUUAUCAUAUGUACGAACCAAACGAUGCCUUCUCGGACGUUUCUGAUGCAACUGUCAUUUUGGAAGCUCUCGAGGAGACGUUUGCUUUUCAAAAGCUGUCGAAAGGGCAUCUGUUGAAGUCAGUUACAUCCUCUCCGAAACGUGGCUCUUCAUUUCGCAAAGCUAUAAGGAAGGUCAAGACGACGUUGGACCUGUCCAAAAAAGGCUACGGAAAUGCUGUCUUUAGUCAAGCCGAGAAAAAUAGCGGCGCUGGCUUAUCCUCCGGUAUUCACAUCCGUCGGAGGUGAUCUUUGUCAGUUUGUGGCUGUUCAGGAAAUUCCAAAUUUCGGGCUUCACGGCUACUACGCUAUUUCAAUCGAGCCACUGCCCAAGUGGUCACACGCCAGUACGAAUUCGGCGAAGAAGGCGAAACUGAAGCCCAAGCAUUUCGCUGAUUGUUUUAAAGACACGUGCAAACUUGCCGAGGAGGCUUAUCAUUCAAAGAAUAAGCCUGACAAACCGGCUUCUUCGUCGUUAUCAUCAUCCCAACAACCGGCGUCCCAGCAGCAGCUACCGGAAUCUGCUGAUAAAAAUUCCCAAGAACUUGUCGAUCCUAAAAAUGCGGAAGCUGGUUCUGGAAAUAAGAAAAAACAACCGAAUGACUGCGAGAGGAUUUCAAGGCCAACACCUAAGUUUGUACCAUUCCCGCCAAUCCCAUACCAGUCAUAUCGGAAGGAGAUCGCGGGUUUCGAGUCCCGACCAACAUGGGGCAGAAGUCGCUACUUUGAAAGACUGAUUGACGAGUCUCCUCACCUGCCAACCGAUCUUGACGUGUCUCAGGCAGAUGCGUUGCUACAUGGGAUAAGUGACAAGACUUUCAAGAAAGCCGAAAAUCACGGACCAUGCGCUAUCUCGGAAACUAGACGGCGUGUUGAACGGAUGAUGGACCUUCCUCCUUGUGCACUCGAUCCAGGGGAAGCAAUGCCACCUCCAGGUUCACCGUACACCUGUUGUCCAAAAAGGGAACCAGUCAUAGACACACACUGUGUCGACAUGUGUCUAAGCGAACAGGAUUUUUAUCCUUGUGAAGAAAGGUCAAGCGUGUCCCUACGAGGAGGUAGUGACAGCGGAAGUUGUUGCAAUUCUCAAAAUCGGAGAUCCAGAUCCCGCACAUCAAGCAAUAGUAGGAUCAAUGACAUUAACUCUCGUCAAUAUUAUGCAGCGCAAUUUCCACGACAGCAACGAAACGAUCAUACCACUCGUUAUGGGUCCAUCAACGAUGACACCGAUGGUACGUUGGACGUUGAUACAUCGAUACAAAAUAUCACAACGACAAGCAGAUACUUGGAUCCAGAAAAAUCUGGCAAUUUCAAAUGGCUUGAGGACAUGGAACACGUUACUUUCUCUGAUCCUACAGAAAUGUCCUUCACAGGGUCUGAUUCGAGAGCACGGAUGAGGUCAUUUUCUUCAAACACGACGAUGAACGGGGGAAGUCCAGAUUUUGAUGAAGAGCCACCGAUAAACGAGGAACUACACCCUGAAGAACUGAUGCCUCGAGCUGCAGAGCGAAUGCAUUCCUCCAAAUUACAUCAUUCGCAAAGAUCCUCAUCACCUCCGGGUCGAUCCUCAUCUUGUUACCCUAACAACAGAUCCUACACUCACGAUAGUUGGGAACAGCAGACGGGGUUGAGCCACAUUAAUGAGGACAUUGAACCGUCAAUCGCAGUCGUGAGACGAAGAUACGCCAAAUCUCGAGAAGCGUCAAAUCGCCGUCCCGAAAUGCACGAAAAGACGUACCGGUGGAAAGAAAUAGUUGAUGAAACUGAACCAAGCAGAAAUGAGUCUCUAUGUUCAAAAGAUGUCAACAGAAUGUCAAGCUUUGAUCCCGAGUAUUUGGAUUACAUAGAAGCUGUAAGAUCAGAUCGCGACUAUUGCUGCGAAGAUGAAGAUGAAGAAAUAGAAAAACCACGUUAUUCUAAUCGUAUUAGUGGACCAGCAAUGGACAGGGAUAUGUUGCAAUAUUCAAAAAAAUUAAUGAGGCCGCCAAAACCACCACCGUCAUCCGGAAGAGUGAUCAUGCCGCUCUCCAAACAGAGUCAACGGAAACAGAGGAUCCUAGAAAUGGAAGAGACUGAUUCUCCUGAUGUGAAUGUUGACGAAGAUGAAUAAAAAUUAACACCUGACUAAUAAUUUGCAUGUUACAAUUUUCCACAUUAAAUUUACCUGAUACGCAUUCAAGUUUCCGUGAAAAGUUAUUCAUCACAAAUCGUUGUGUGUAUGGAACUAUAAAUGUUAAAAUACUGAGAGUAAUAGCGUGAACAUACAAAGAAAAUGUGUAAAUAAGUCCGUACU